CCUGUGACACCGUCGCCACGGCAACGCGGCCAUACUGGCCCCAACGGACCGGGGGUUCUGGGCUGCGGCGGCCGCGGCCUCGUGGGCAGAGCCGGCGGCAUGGACAGCCUCUUCGUGGAGGAGGUGGCCGCCUCCCUGGUGCGGGAGUUCCUCAGCAGAAAGGGCUUAAAGAAGACAUGUGUGACCAUGGACCAGGAACGCCCACGCUCCGACCUCAGCAUAAACAGCAGAAACGAUCUCCGCAAGGUUUUGCAUCUUGAAUUUCUCUACAAGGAGAACAAGGCAAAGGAAAAUCCUCUAAAAACAAACCUCGAACUCAUUACCAGAUACUUUCUGGAUCACUUUGGGAAUACUGCUAACAAUGUCACUCAAGAAACACCAAUUCCUGCACUCUCAAUUCCAAAGAAAAAUAUCAAAUCACCACCAAGAUGCUCAGAGACCACGCUGGUGAAUAUAUAUGACCUUGCAGAGGAAGAUGCAGGAUGGAGAACAUCGUUGUCAGAAACAAGCAAAGCCAGACAUGACAAUCUCGAUGGGGAUUUACUUGGUAAUUUUGUAUCAUCCAAAAGGCCCCCACACAAACGUAAGCCCACGCAGGCUGUCCCAGGUGAAAGUCCCCCCGUGGCCCCUGCAUGGGAGAAGAUGGACAGGCUUCAGUUGUCAGAACCUUCCUUGGACACGAAAAGGAUGGGAGAGAAGAUCAGGCCAAAGUCUGGCCUGAUUGUCCGAGGCAUGAUGACCGGGCCCAUCGCCAGUUCCCCGCAGGAUUCCCUUCGCAAGCGCUCCCUGAGGCGGUCCCUGUCCUUGAGCAGCGGCGCCCCCCAGGCCUCCGAGGAAGAGGGCCAGAAAGUGCCUGAGCUCUCCGCCAGUGCCCCGGCCCAUCCUGCAGCCCAGGAGGGCCUGGCAUCCAGCACUGGCUCCACUUCCAGAAGUCCCCUGGGCCCACUCAGUGAGCUGACCUCAGAAAAACAGAAAACCACACCCAGCAGCCCCCCUCACUUGCCCAGCAAAGGGCUCCUGCAGAGGGGGAGCGGCAGGUGGCGAGAUCUUGCAGAGGACAGCCCAGCUGUGGACAGUGGCCCGGAGGGCAACAGGAUGCCCUCGAAGUUCUCCUUGCCAGGUGGGAGUGCCAGGACGACCCAGGAGAGGCUGGAGAGAGCGUUCACAUGGCAGGGGACCCAGCCCCUGCCCCUCAGGAAAAAUCGAUUGCCAGUGUCCAGCAAGGCUGAUGGGGAGCUGAGCGUUUUGCAGCUUGAGGAUGUGGAGGAUGAAUUGGUAAGGGAAGAAGUCAUCCUGUCUCCAGUCCCAUCCAUGCUCAAGCUGCAGAUAGUGUCAAAGCCAAUCGACCUCUCAGUGGCCAAGGACAUAAAGGCCCUUCUGUUUGGUUCCAGCUUUUGCUGUUUCAAUGAGGAAUGGAAACUUCAGAGUUUUUCCUUUAAUGACAAAGCCUCGUUAAAAUACGGCAUCGUGCAGAACAAGGGGGGUCCCUGUGGGGUUCUGGCAGCUGUCCAAGGCUGUGUCCUACAAAAACUCCUGUUUGAAGGAGAUAGCAAAGCUGACUGCGUUCGGCCGCUGCAGCCUUCCAAUGCCCACAGGACCCACUGCCUCGCCCUGGCCAUCGCGGACAUUGUGUGGCGGGCCGGGGGCCAUCAGAGAGCCGUGGUCACACUGGCUUCAGGAACACAGCAUUUCAGUCCAACAGGGAAAUACAAAGCAGAUGGAGUCUUAGAAACACUCACACUGCACAGUUUGACCUGCUAUGAGGAGCUGGUGACUUUUCUUCAACAAAGCAUCCAUCAGUUUGAAGCGGGUCCCUACGGAUGCAUCCUGCUCGCCCUGUCUGCCAUCCUGUCCAGGUCCACGGAGCUGGUUCGCCAGGACUUCGACGUCCCCACCAGCCACCUGAUUGGAGCACAUGGAUACUGCACCCAGGAACUUGUCAAUCUGCUCCUGACCGGGAAAGCGGUGUCCAAUGUUUUCAACGAUGUGGUUGAGCUAGAUUCUGGGAACGGGAACAUCACACUGCUGAAAGGCAUUGCUGCGCGCAGCGACAUCGGAUUCCUAUCUCUGUUUGAGCACUACAACGUGUGCCAGGUGGGCUGCUUCCUGAAGACUCCGAGGUUCCCCAUCUGGGUGGUGUGCAGUGAGAGCCACUUCAGCGUCCUCUUCAGCCUGCAUCCGGAGCUCCUGAGGAACUGGAGGGCUGAGAGGCUCUUCGACCUGUACUACUACGACGGCCUGGCCAACCAGCAGGAGCAGAUCCGGCUGACCGUCGACACCACCCAGACCAUCCCUGAGGACAGAGACAAUGACCUUGUCCCGCCCCUCGAGCUCUGCAUCAGAACCAGAUUCUCAAACAGCUCAAAGGGAGAAACUUGGGAAAGUGGCCUUCAAGGUCAGUGAAGACCCUGGGGAGAAAAGGCCCUGUCUCUUGGGGGAUGAGCCCUGCUUCCCACAGGAGGUCCCCACCCUGACAGGAAGGGGGUAUCUGUGGCGCCAUGGCCUGAAGUCAGGCCACGUCUCAGGUCAUUACCACAGGACCACAGGAGGGACCAGACCUGUGGGCCCAUCACUUCAACUUCAUGGAACUUCUGGGCUGGACUCCAUGGAAGAAACAGCCAGAUAAGACUGGAUUCUUGCUCUCAGAGAGUUCACCAUUGAAUAGAAGUUCAUGAUCGACCCUGUCCUAAUCCAGGGAGAGAUGUGCUGGCUACCCUUAAACCCAGCUCUGUUGCCCCAUAAGGACCUCUGAUGCUCACCCGGGCCAGCACCGAGGACACCACACAUCUGGCCCAUCUGGCAACUUGCCAAGAUCCACAGAAAGGCCCUUGAACACCACCUGAUGUGGGCCUUCCUUUCACAGAUGGGGGUCUCCAGAGUGGAGGUCUGUGCCCCAGGUCAUACCUCGAGUCACAGACAACCCAGGUCCUGGAGCUUAGGCCCGUGCUGUCCCAGCCCUGGGGAAGGUCACAGAGCGGGCAGUGUGAUUUCCCGCCACCUGGCUUUGUUGCCACAGCGACAUUGCACAAGACCAGACUGUCAGCUUUGCCUUCGGGGAAGAGGAUCCUAAGUCGAACUAUCCCAGGUCCUGCGCCACCUCUGCUCUCAAGUGUGACUCGCAUCCCGGCCUCAGGAAGUCUCCCGUUGCCGCCACUCGUGUCAGGAAUGUAGGGUCUGUCCUCCACGCUCCCAUUCCCGCUGUUCUGUAACCAUCUCAGCAAAACCAGACUCAUUUAUGGUCAUUUCCAAACAAGUUGCACAGAAUGACCUCUCGAGCUUCCAGCCUAGCUAGAGCGGGAGAAAAUGAAACAGUUGUCAAUAGUCCAGAGGAAAGAGGAAAGAACUCAUAACCAGGGCCUGGGGCUGGGCCACAGAUGUUUCUAUUUGGAGGCUCAGACAAGAAAUUGAAAAUAUAAUUUCAGUUGGGAACAGUGCCUUCCAGGGGCUGGAGCUGAGUGCCCAACUCCCUCAGCUGUGUCCCCACCUGCCUGGGGGCCUGUGCCAGUCUUCACGCCUCUGCGGACACCCUUCUUGCUCAGGUGCCCUCUUCAUAGUGGCUCUCACCCAUCAAAGGAGGGUUCCCUGGGUGCUCCCACGGCCCCAGCUGCCCCUUCUGAUUCCCUGUCAUGCAACCUGCACACACCCUUGCCCAUUGUGUCCUUGUGGUUGGGUUCACAGAAUACUCAACAUCAUGAUGCAAGGGAGGAGUACAUAAUGGGACUCUGGAGACCUCAGUUGAGUCCUGGCUCUGCUGCUGUCACCUUGUAUGACCUCCAGGAGGGUUGG